AUGGAGGUGAAAGGUGGCUCUCCAGAGGCUAGUGCAGUGCUGAACUUGUGUCUUUCUACUGCACCAAGAGUCUCCCACACCAGCUGUAAGGCCACAGUAACUACCACCUCCCAGGACAUAUCUCAGAGCUCCCAAGUGCCCACGUGCUGCUCUGGUUGGAGACAGCAGGGGGACGAGUGUGGGAUCGCGGUGUGCGAAGGCAACUCCACGUGCUCAGAGAACGAGGUGUGCGUGCGGCCUGGCGAGUGCCGCUGCCGCCACGGCUACUUCGGGGCAAACUGCGACACUAAGUGCCCACGCCAAUUCUGGGGCCCCGACUGCAAGGAGCGGUGUAUUUGCCACCCUCACGGGCAGUGUGAGGAUGUGACUGGCCAGUGCACGUGCCAUGCGCAGCGCUGGGGCGAACGCUGCGAGCAUGCAUGUCAGUGCCAGCAUGGCACGUGCCACCCGCGGAGCGGCACUUGCCGCUGCGAACCCGGCUGGUGGGGCGCACAGUGUGCUAGGGCAUGCUACUGCAGCACCACGUCGCGCUGCGACCCGCAGACGGGCGCCUGCCUGUGCCACGCGGGCUGGUGGGGCCGCAGUUGCAGCAAUCAGUGCGCCUGCAACUCUUCGCCCUGCGAGCAGCAGAGCGGCCGCUGCCAGUGCCGAGAGCGCACUUUUGGUGCACGCUGCGACCGUUACUGCCAGUGCUUCCGAGGCCGCUGUCACCCAGUGGAUGGCACGUGCGCCUGCGAGCCGGGCUACCGUGGCAAGUACUGUCGCGAGCCUUGUCCUGCAGGAUUCUAUGGCCUAGGCUGUCGCCGCCGGUGCGGCCAGUGCAAGGGCCAGCAACCGUGCACUGUAGCAGAGGGCCGCUGUCUGACGUGUGAGCCUGGCUGGAACGGAACCAAAUGCGAUCAGCCAUGUGCCACCGGCUUCUAUGGCGAGGGCUGUGGCCACCGCUGCCCGCCUUGCCGCGAUGGGCAUGCCUGCAACCAUGUCACCGGAAAGUGCACUCGCUGCAACGCAGGCUGGAUUGGCGACCGGUGUGAGACCAAGUGCAGCAAUGGCACGUACGGAGAUGACUGUGCCUUCCUGUGUGCUGACUGUGCCAGCGGCCACUGUGACUUCCAGUCAGGGCGCUGCCUUUGUAGCCCUGGUGUCCACGGACCCCACUGUAACAUGACAUGUCCACCCGGGUACCAUGGAGUGGACUGCGCCCAGACCUGCAGCUGCCACGAGGACUCCUGCGACCCCAUCACGGGCGCCUGCCACCUGGAGACCAACCAGCGCAAGGGCGUGAUGGGCGCGGGUGCGCUGCUUGCCCUGCUCCUCGGCCUGCUGCUCUCGCUGCUCGGCUGCUGCUGCGCCUGCCGCGGCAAGGACCCCAUCCGCCGGGAGCUCUCGCUGGGAAGGAAGAAGGCUCCGCAACGCCUGUGCGGGCGCUUCAGCCGCAUCAGCAUGAAGCUGCCCCGGAUCCCGCUGCGCAGGCAGAAGUUACCCAAAGUCGUAGUGGCCCAUCACGACCUGGACAACACACUCAACUGCAGCUUCCUGGAACCACCCUCAGGGCUGGAGCAGCCCUCACCAUCGUGGUCUUCCCGGGCCUCUUUCUCUUCCUUUGACACCACAGAUGAAGGCCCUGUGUACUGUGUCCCCCACGAGGAGGCUGCAGCCGAGAGCCGGGACCUGGAGGCUCCCUCUGCUUCUGCAGAGGCGCCGGCAGAAGAGGCACCUCCGCUCUCCGCGUCCUCCGACAGCGAGCGGUCGGCGUCCAGUGUGGAGGGACCAGGCGGGGCGUUGUACGCACGCGUGGCUCGGCGGGAGGCCCGGCCGGCCCGGGCUCGGGCCGAGGCCGGGGGUUUGUCGCUGUCGCCAUCGCCUGAACGCAGGAAGCCGCCGCCACCUGAUCCCGCUACCAAGCCCAAGGUGUCUUGGAUACACGGCAAGCACGGCGGCGCUACCGCGACCCAAGCGCCCUCACCAUCCCCCCUGGGCUCUGAGCCUGCACCAAGCCCCAGCAAGAGGAAACGGACACCCAGCGACACGUCGGCGCGGCCCGAGGAGCUCGGGAGCCCCCGGGCCCGCGACACGACCCCCCGGGCCCCGGGGCUGGCCGAGGAGGUCCCGGCCCUCAUCGCGCCCUCACCGCCCCGGGCCCGAGCGCGAGGACGUGGGCCUGGCCUGUCGGAGCCCACGGACGCCGGUGGUCCUCCGCGCAGUGCGCCCGAGGCCGCCUCCAUGCUGGCGGCUGAGCUGCGCGACAAGACUCGCAGCCUGGGCCGCGCCGAGGCAGCCCUGGGCGCGCAAGGUCCCCGGGAGAAGCCGGCGCCACCGCAGAAGGCCAAGCGCUCGGUGCCGCCCGCUUCGCCUGCUCGCAUGUCCCCAGCGCCCGAGGCCGUAGGGCCCGAAAAGGCCGCGACCAGCGCGCCGGCGCCGGAGACACCGCGGAAGAAGACUCCUAUCCAGAAGCCACCGCGCAAGAAGAGCCGGGAGGCAACGGGCGAGCCCCCAAGGGUGGGCGCGCCCACCUUGUAGGAGCUCGGCCCCGCCGCUCCUGCAGCUUCCCUUGGCUUAGCAGCGUUGCUUGCCACCCCGCGUUCUGCAACCCUGGCAUCUCCCGCGCGACCUGGGCACAGGAGACCUCCCCUUGGCCGAGGCCCCCAGCGGCACGGCAGGAGGUUGUGUCUGAUUGGCUCCAGCUCCCAGCAGCCGCUACUUGGUUGGAGCAGCGCUCAGGCGGGAAGUACCGCAUCCCAUUGAUCCAGGCCUGGCGCUUAGCUGGCGGCUCUCUCCCCAUUGGCCGAGUUUGGAGCUCUCCGACCACCCACGUUUCAUUGGCCAAGACCAGAUGAGUUCUGCCUAGAGACCACCACUUCUUGUACAGUAUUUGGGACUACCUUUUCAUUGGCUGAGGCCAGAAGCACUUCUCGUGUAAGCUACCCCCCAUUGGCCAGGGCCUGGUGCCUCCUGGCGGGAGGGUCCCUUCCUUGGUAGUAACCCCAGGCUACUUCCAUUGGUCGGACUCCAGGGCAUCUAUCUGGUUGAUUGCAGCCUGGGGAGGAGGGCUGGUCCCUGCUCUUCAGGGGGCUCAAGGUGCUCCUCAGGGGGCUCGGUGCUCCUCGACUGUCCCACUUCUUCCCCUCCCUGGCACCCCAAGCUAGCCUCCCUAUCCUCACCCUCAGCUGUCAAGCUGGUAUUGAUAGCCUCCCACCACCCUGUUCGCUAUGGAACUCCCAGGGGUGACUCCAGUGGCCUGAAAAGAUGUAUUUAUACAGCCCUGGCAGGGCUGCUUACACUCUGUUCAGGGGCCCCAGGAUGGGCUCCUCUUGGCAGGGCCUUGGCCAAAGCUUCUUAAUAAAGUGCCUUU